AUGGUACUCUUCCCGGCCCAUCGUGCGUCUAAUGGACAAACCGAACACUUAAGGGCCGCUCGCGCCACGGUUCAAUCCAAAGUUCGCAAUGACUGGGAAUUUCCCGACGUCAAACACAUCAGACAUAAUCCCACCAAGUUCCUGCAAGAGCAAUCAGAUCCCGUCAAAGCCACUGCAUGGCGACCACGCUACUACAGCGACGGUGAAGACUCGGCCUCGGACAAUGACGACGACAAUGCCCCGCCUGCAUACGAUACUCCCGACUCGGUCGGCAGAGACCUCGAGGCCCGCAAAGAACGAAGACGCAGACGUCGUCAGCUGAGAUUCGAGGAUGAGAUGAAGGAGAACAUUGGCCUGGCCCAUUGGAGCGCCCAGAGGAACACAUGGACUGGUGCCGAAGAUCGAUCAGCACUUCCGCAGUCUCCUCAGACCCCGUCACAAGCCCACGCCCCUUUCUCGUCGUCAACUCUUACCCAAGCGAUUCCAGACACAGAUUUGAGCAUUCCUGUAGCCGAAGCACUCCUUCCCGGCGACCCCAUCCGCGACCGCAUAAAUCAGAAUGCCUAUUCGGACAUCUACACAAAGGUCAUCCUGCAAGGUCGCACUCCUUCUAUUCCAAUCAGCCUCACAGACGUCACCCGAUCCUUGGUACACGGCUGGAAAGAGGAGGGACAGUGGCCACCAAAGCCUACACCUGCAGAACCCAGUCUGGUCAAGAAAAAUAGUCAUGCACACAUAAAAGGAGUGUUGAAAACACUGGGCAAACCAUUUCUAAAGGGACAGGGAGUACCUGUUGAGAAGGGUACAGCACAAGGCCAGGCUUAG